CGAUUAUGAUUUUUUUUAAACUUCAAAUCAAAACUCAAUCGAAAUCGAGACGAGAAUCGAGAAAUCGAAUAUCCUUACCAAAGAGUAUGUAACCACUACGUUUAAUCCUUACUGUCAUUCGCACGUGUAUUACGAGAGAACCGGGAAAUCACAAAUUCGUUCGUAAUUAUUUUGAUACAUUAAUAAAUUUGUGAAAUUUAUUUUGAGAAGCCGAGUGAACUUAUUAACACCAGAUAUAGAAAAGGAAAACAAGAAGAAUAUCGUCAUGGCUCAUUCAUCAGGCUCUGCAGGGAAUUUGAAAAAUGGAAUUAUUGAUUUCACAGCUGGUUCUUUAGGUGGUGUAGCAGUGGUCUAUGUGGGACAGCCACUUGACACAGUAAAAGUAAAGAUGCAGACAUUUCCACACCUUUACAAAGGAAUGUAUGAUUGCUUGAAACAGACACUACGUAAUGACGGAGUGUUCAGAGGAUUGUAUGCAGGCACUACUCCUGCUAUUAUGGCCAAUGUAGCGGAAAACUCAGUACUAUUUGCAGCAUAUGGCUAUUGUCAAAAGUUUGUUUGUCGGCUUAGUGGAGUUGAGAAAGUGGAAGAGUUAUCAGCCUUGGGUAAUGCAUCGGCUGGUUUCCUUGCAGCAUUCUUCUCAUCCUUUACACUGUGCCCCACCGAAUUAAUCAAGUGUCAAUUACAAGCGCUGCGAGAAGUAAAUGUGCAGACGUCACAAACAGUUGUGAAAAUAUCGCCAAUUCAGCUAACACAGCAGAUAUUCAAACAGUAUGGCAUUCAAGGGCUUUUUCGAGGCCUCGUGCCAACCAUUAUGAGAGAAAUGCCUGGAUACUUCUUCUUCUUUGGAGGAUAUGAAGGCACCAGAGAGUUAUUAAAGAAACCAGGUCAGAGUAAAGACGACAUAGGAUUCGUAAAAACAAUGAUAGCCGGCGCAGUGGGUGGGCUCGUCCUGUGGACUGUAAUAUUCCCCUCAGACGUUAUCAAAUCAAGAAUACAAAUAUCGAACAAAAGUCAGAAGUUUUUGACCGUCGGAUAUGAAAUUGUACAGAAAGAAGGUGUACUAGCCCUGUACAACGGACUCAAACCUACUCUUGUGCGAACGAUACCAGCGACAGCUGCCCUCUUUGUUGUCUACGAAUACUCCAAGAAGUGGAUGCACCAGUCUUUCGGAGACUAACGCAACAGUUCAGUGCCUUAGUGAAAUAACAAUACGUAUAUUUUUAUAAGUAAUUUAUGAACUGUUACUUAGAUAUUUAGAAUUUGAAGGAGUGUUGCUCGUACAUUCCAGCGCCUGAUUAUCCGACAAACCGUUUAGGCAGAUACCUAGUUGAAUUUCUUAAAG